UCCCCUCGAUCGUGAACGCGCUUUCGGUUUGUGCGCGCACAUGCUUUCCCUCAGCUAACGUUAGACGAGUUGAUAAACCCGCUCACUUACAAGAUGGCGGAUUCUGACUCUUGGGACACGGAGAACUUCGAGCCGAACGAGCCCGUCAAGCAGACUGCGGUACUGCAGGACAAAUGGGAGGGAGAGGACGAGGACGACGACGUUAAGGAUAACUGGGAUGAUGAGGAAGAGGAACAGAAGAAGGAGGAGGAGGAGGAGGUGAAAACAGAGGUGAAAGUUCCACAGAAGAAAAAGCUUAGUGCUAAGCUAAAAGAAAGAGAACUCGAGGAAGAGAAAAAACAACAGGAGCUGAGCAAAAGGAUAGAAGAGUCGGAGGACGAUGUCGAGCUCACAGCUGAGGAGCAGGCGGCGGAGAAACUGCGAGUGCAGAAGUUACAGGAAGAAUCAGACAUGGCGCUAGCAUGUGAAGCGUUCGGCGUCGACACGGCUACCACAAACAGUGCCUCGGGAAUUGAAGCCAUGUGUCCCUCCACCACUGAAGAUUUUGUCGUUUUUGAGAAAUUACUGCUAGACAAGAUUUCACAGUUUGAGAAGUCGGUGCAUUAUUCCAGUUUUUUGGAGUCCCUGUUCCGAGAGCUCUGUAUUUCAUUGGAGGUAGAUGACUUAAGGAAAAUCAACAAUUCCCUCUCGGUUCUUCUCACGGAAAAACAAAAGCAGGAAAAGGAAAAAGCCAAAGGUACCAAGAAGAAAAAGAAGCUCGUUCUGGCCGGCGGUGGUUUAAAAGCAAAGCUCAAAGACGACCUGGAUGAUUACGGCAACCUCGGCGGCUACAACGAGUACGACGACUUCAUGUGACGAAGGCUGAAUCCCGCCCCUCCCCAGCGACCCCCGCCCGCCCCCUCAGACAUGCAGCGCUCAGUCGUAUUCAUCAGUGCCAUUCUGGAGUGAACCGAACACUGUCAACCAUUUACUUUGUGCUUCAGUGGUCAGAACGAUUCUUAGUGAAGCUGCUAUCACCAACAUUAACCUUUGGUGACAAAAGGAGAAGAAUAAAAUUGCCUUGUAUUUACAACUCUGCCUCUGACUGACCGAGACACCGGACGUUUUGCACAAGUGACUUCUGAUUGGCUCGUAUCAAUUGAAUGCCUUAUAGAACACAUCAUAGGAAACGUGUUUAUUUUGGUCGAACAGAAAUAUCAUACAGCGUUAACCUUUGUGCAGUUUUAUUUCCAUAGAGAUGAUAUUCUAUGCAAAAUACCUGGAAACAGAACGUCUAGGAGGAGCGACGGAUAUUUUACUCCUGUGGAAUUAUGUUAUGGUUAUUCUCCGGAGGUGUUAGCGCAGUUACAGCAGACACUACAGUGUGAGCACUGGAGGUACAUACAUGUAUUUCAAAAGGGAUAGUAAUGAAAAGCAUUGCAGUUUCUUUUUUAAGAUUCACUAUUAAAUUGUCACGACUAUUAGUGUUCUGUUUAUGAAAUAAUCUCAUACGCUGCAGUGAUUUCUCCUCUCUGUUGUGUUUAUUUAAAAGUUUACUUUGCUCUCUGAUGCUGGUAGAUUUAAGUGCAUCGUUACGCAGGAAUCUGGGGCUCUGGCUGCGAGCGCACUGCCUAACCUGACGAUCUGUCUGCUCACCGCUGGUAUUUCACAUGAGGUGUUUCAUUCGAACCCCCACACGCACCCAUAACUUGUCAACACCACGACGUCAGCCGUUUUUUAAUGAUCUAAUUUAAUAAAAACAUUAAAUAAUG